AUGGAUUCCCCUCUUAGGCUGCAGCAGCAGCAGCAGCAGCAGCAGCAGCAGCAGCAAUUGCUGCUGCCUAGUGAAAUCGAUGGUGCUUCUUUACAAACAGGACCACCUACAGCAUGUCCAGGUCCACCAGCAGCAGCAGCAGCAACAGCAGCAGCAGCAGCAGCAGCAGCAGCAGCAGCAGCAGCAGCACCCUCUUGUAUAUCUGGAGGACAAGCAACAUCAGGAGUAUCCUCUCGCUGUAUAACAGCAUCUCCUUUAUCUCCCCUUCCUCCUCCUCCCUUAGCAGCAGCAGCAGCAGCAGCAGCAACAGCAGCAGCAGCAGCAGCAGCAACAGCACCAUCACCAUCACCAUCACCACCGCAACAACAACAACAACAACCAGCAGCAGCAGCAACAGCAACAACAGCAACAGCAACAGCAGCAGGAGGAGGAACAGGAGGAGGAAGAGGAGGAGGUACAAGAUGUAUACAAAUAGAGAAUAAUAUGCGUGUAUAUUUACCAAAUAUAUUACCUAAUAAUAUACCUAUAAGGAGACAGUGUCCCCUUAGCUGUUUUAUAGGACUGCAGCAGCAGCAGCUACUAGGUAGCGGUACAUAUGCAGAUGUAUGGUGUCUCCUUGAUAAGGAGACAGGAAAAAAAUAUGCAGGUAAAUUAUUACAGCCUAAUAGAUUUAAUAAGGAGACAGUACCCCGUGUAUGCCAAUUAUUUACUAAAGAAAUUAUUCAUCUAGCUAAGUGUCAAUGUCCUGGUGUAGUGGGGCUGCAUGCAGUUAUUGAGGGGAGAGAGGGCUGUCUCCUUUUAUUAGAUCUAAUUGAGGGGGGAGGUACUAUUUGGUCAAAAAAACAUCUACGUCUCCCUCGUCGUCCCCGUAACCACCACCAGCAGCAGCAGCAGCAGCAGCAGCAGCAGCAGCAGCAGCAGCAGCAGCAGCAGCAGCAACAACAGGAGAAUAAAAAGGAUAAAGAUGAUAAAGAUAAUAAUAAUAGUAAUAAAGAACAAGAAGAAGAAGGAGAAGAAGAAGAAGAAGGAGAAGAAGAAGAAGGAGAAGAAAAAGAAGGAGAAGAAGAAAUAAAUAAUGAAUUAUAUGCAUUUAUAUUAUUUAUACAAUUAGUACAAACAUUAUUAUAUAUACAAUCUAUAGGUAUUAUACAUAAAGAUAUUAAACCUACUAAUUUAUUAUUUAAUAAAAAUAAUAAUAAAAUAUUAUUAGCGGACUUUGGUUGGUCAGACUCUAUUGCUAAUUCACAAGGUCCUCCUCUUGAAUGGCCAGGGACACUAGAGAUAAAUCCUCCUGAGGUAUUAAACUUUAAGGGUCCAUGUACAGAGAAAAUAGAUAAUUAUGCAUUAGUAGCAGCAGCAGCAGCAGCAGCAGCAGUUGCUGCUGCUGCUGCUGCACCAACAGCAAAAGUGACAAAAGCAACACCUGCAACGGCGGUGUUGCUGCCGGUACCAGCAGCAAGAACAGUACCAGGGGCUGCAGUAGCAUCACCUAAUGCCCCGAUUAAUCCAGCAGCAGCAGCAGCUGCUGCAGCAGCAGCAGCUGCUGCUGCUGCUGCUGCUGGUGAAUCGAUUCAAGUGUCUCCAAACAGCAGCAGCAAACAACAGCAGCAAGUUGUUCGUCGCGGUGUCUCCGAAGCAAGCGCAUGCUCAACAGCAGAGUCCGUCCGCUUUACAGCUUAUAAAUUAAUAGAGCAGCACCAAGCAGCACUGCAGCAGCACCGGCAGCAGCAGCAGCAGCAGCACAGACAGCAGCAGCAGCAAAGACAGCGCAGUCAGCAGGAGCAGCAACAACAAGAAGCAACAGCAACAACACCUCUGCUGCGCCCAGCUGCCUAUCGUGCUGCUCCUCCCUUCAGCAGGGAGACUCCCAACAACCAGCUAUCAUGGCAGCAAGUGCAGCAGCAGCAGCAGCGUCAGCUAAUGAUGCUGCAGCAGCAGCAGCAGAUCUUGAGGCAGCAGCAGCAACACCACUAUAGGCAAAGCCCUUUCCGUCAUGCACUACAUAGGCGUCGCUCCUUAGAGUCUCCUGCAGCAGAGAGAGACAGAAGGAUGGCCUUUGCUAACUUCUUAACUAUACACCAGCAGCAGCUACACCAACAGCAGCUGCAGCAGCAGCAACAACAACAGCAGCAAAGGCGGCAGCAGCAGCUCCUGCUGCGGCAUAACCAGGAGGCAGCUUGCAGAGGGGCAGCUGAGCCUCCUGAAGGUCUCUUUUGGUCAUACGAUGCAUCGGAUCCUGUUGACAGGGGACAGCAGCAGCAGCAACAACAGCAGCAACAGCAGCAGCUUCUGCAGCAGCAGCAGCAGCAACACCACCUGCUGCUGCAGCAGAGGUCAGCAACUAUACAGAUAGGCACUCGCGAGCAUGCUGUUUCCCCAAUGUCUCCUCCAUCUAUAGAGAUGGACUCUCAAGGUAUAACAACUGCAGCACAGCAGCACAAGAGACAGGAACUGCAGCAGCAAGUACCAGCCUUGCUGCAGCAAGAGAUGCUGCAGCAGGAGCUGCUGCAGCGACAACGGCGUAUACGCCCACCCAAUGCAAAUGGGCAGCAGCAGCAGCAGCAGCAACAAGCCUACAGCAAGCAGUCAAGCUUUCAAGACACAAAGAGCUUCCUUCAUGACACGGGAGCAACAGCAGCAGAAGCAGCAGCAGCAUUAGCAGCAACAGCAGCAACAGCAGCAGCAACAGAUCCUUCUCCUGCUGCACUCUGCGCUCGCUGGCUUCGCUCGGGUAUAAACGCAGUGGCGGCCUUAGCGACUCCUCGCCUGGUGCAGCGCUUGCCAGAACAACCGCAGCAGCAGCAGCAGCAGCAGCAGCAGGAGGAGCAGCAGCCGCUACAGCAGCAGCAGGAGUCAGGAAGACGUUACUGGACAGAGGAAGACAAGAAGGUUCCUGCUGAUGGAUCAUGGAGGAAAGCUGUUGAUGCUGCAGCAGCACUGCUAGGAGGGCUGCUGCAGAAGGAGACAGAUGUGUCUCCUUCUCCUCCUUGUAACGAUGACACCGGCGACACCCGCAGCAGCAGCAGCGCAACAAAUACUACUUCUGAUGGUGCUCCUGCUACUGUUGCCGUCCCUGCUGCAGCAGCUGUUGCUGCUGCUGCAGGACAGGGAAGCGCACGCAGCCAACUAUCCCUGCAUGUGGGGCUGUCCGCUGCUCCUGCAUGCAGCAGAACGCCACUCCUGUCAGACGCAGCAGCAGCAACAACAACAACAGCAGCAGCAGCAGCAGCAGCAGCGGGUGGAGUGAGCCCGCAAGGUGGCAGCGUCUCUUUGGUUGACAGUCAAGGAGAAGUCCCCGAUGUUGAGCUAGCAGCAGCAGCAGCAACAGCAGCAGCAGCAGCAAAAGGGAGAAUCGAGGCCUCCCCAUUGUUAACAAGAAAAACAGACAGAGAAAGAGACAGAGACACGGGCAGCACAAACAACCAAAAAGACAGCAGCAGCAGCAGCAGGAGAGAGCGCAACACCCAAGAAGGGACUCUCCACUGUACCAGCAACUGCCUCCCCGCAGACUCCGUUGUCUCUCCCCUCUGUGACUCCACACACCCUCAGCAGCAGCAGCAGCAGCAGCAGCGGCAGCAGCUGCCUUUAGUGCCGCCUCUCUACCUGGGGGAGCUUCCUUUGUACAGUUAUGGCAGCCCCAGUAGAGGCACAACAGAAAGAAUGUACAGCAACAGCAACUGCAGCGGCAGCAGCAGCAGCAACAGAAGCAGCAGCAACAGCAGCAUUCGCCACUCACCAUCUGUACUUCAACAGUCUCCUCAUGCCCCAUCUCCUUGGGGACUGUCUCCUGCUGCAGCAGCAGCUGCUGACAGAUGCAGCAGCAACAAUGCCGCCACCACAGUUCCCUACGAUAGCAGAACCAGCAGCAGCAGCAGCAGCAGCACCAACACCGUUCCCAACGUCAGAGUUGAUGUCAGCAGCAGCAGCAGCAGCAGCAGCAGCACGGGUAAUCAAGUGCAGCAGAGGAGGCUCUACGCAGCAGAAAUCAUCUGCACCCCUCGUCGUCCCCACCCAACGGAUAUGCUUCCCUUUGGCCCCUUUCCUGCAGCUAAUCCUGCAUGCAACAGCAGCAGCAGCAGCACCAGCGGCGUCUCCCCAGCAGCAGCAACAGCGACAGCAGCAGCAGCAGCAGCAACGUCUCAAGAAAUAGGAGACAGUGUCCCUGCAAUAAGGACGGAUUGUGCAGUGCCUGUGCAGCGGCUGAGCAUUAGCGACAUUUUGCUGCUGGCGCAGCAACGGGAAUUAGAGAGACAGCAGAGACACCUGCAGCAGCAGCACAGAGAGCUGCAGCUGCAGCAGCUAGAGAUUGAAUUUAAAAGGAGACAAAGAGAGAAGCAGCAAAAAGAGCUGCAAAUGCUGCAGCUGCAGCUGCACCAGAAGAGGGCUAUACGUCUAAUGCAGCAGAAGCAGCAGCAGGAGCAGCAGCAACCGCAGCAGGAGAGCAGGUCAACAUCAGUGUUGAAGCAACAACAUGCGCAUGAGGUCGAGCAGCAGCAGCAGCAGCAGCAGCAGCAGCAGCAACAGCAGCAGCUGCUGCCACUUCGUAGCAACAGAAAUCCCCUUUUGCUGCCUUUAGGGCCCUCCGACCCCGAAGGGAAAGCUGAGCUGCCUGCUGCAUUAGCACCAGCAGCAACAGCAGCAGCUGCUCCGUCUACAGCAGCAGUAGCAGCACCAGUCACCAGCUACUCUGGCAGCAGCAGCAGCAGCAGCAGCAGCAGCCGCCACAGUGUUGUUGUCCCUCGAUUGCAGCUAACGCAUGUUAUAGCCCCUAACCUCUUGGCUGCUGGAGGUGCAGCUACAGCACCCCCAGCAGCAGCAGCAGCAGCAGCAGGAGAGAGCAGCGGAUGCAGCAGCUUCCGUGGGGGACCAGGAGCAGCUACAGCAAGAGGUGCUCCUGUGCAUGCAGCAACAUUCUUUGGAGGCUGCAGCGGUGCUGCUUCUGUUGCGUCUGCUGCAGAUACACCGCAGAGUGUCUGUCUUACCCCCACAGAUUCCCCUCAUAGCGCUUACUACUACCCAAGGCUAAGAGGAGACACUUCAAUGACCCACUACCAGCUGCAGCAGCAGCAACAACAACAACAGCAGCAGCAGCAGCAGGAGCAGGAACAGAAGCAGGCAGAAGCGCCUCUCUCCGCUGCUGCAGCUGCUGUCUCCUUCUUACACAAACUCAUUGCCAACCCUCUGCAGCAGCUGCAGCAACUGCAGCAACGCCCGCAGCAGGAUGUCCCUGCAGCAGGUGCAGCAACAGCAGCAGCACCUGUCGCCAACUGCCUAGUCGUCGAGCAGCCGCAAGCUGAACAAGUCCCUCAGCAGGCACAAGGGGAGCAGCAGCUACAGCAGCAGCAGCAGCAGCACCUGCAGCAGCAGCCUCUUAGCUCAUAUGGCAGCUGCAACGUACGGAGCAAGGGACUAGGUGGCACCUAG